GGAUUCUCUCUUGCCAUAGCUGCUCGACAGUAGCGAUUAGUUCCCAAGUUUCUCGAGAAGAAGAACUGACACAGAACGAUACAUAGAGAUAGCAAGAGAUGGUGAAGGUUCGGAUGAACACGGCGGACGUGGCCGCCGAAGUCAAGUGCCUGCGUCGUUUGAUCGGUAUGCGCUGCUCAAACGUCUACGAUCUCUCUCCCAAGACUUAUGUAUUCAAGCUUAUGAAUAGCAGCGGGAUUUCGGAAUCUGGAGAGAGCGAGAAGGUAUUGUUGUUGAUGGAAAGUGGCGUGAGAUUGCAUACAACUGAAUAUCUUCGGGAUAAAAGUAACACUCCCUCUGGCUUUACUCUUAAAUUGAGGAGGCAUAUUCGAACAAGGAGGCUUGAAGAUGUGCGGCAGCUAGGAUAUGACAGGAUAAUAUUGUUUCAAUUUGGGCUUGGUUCUAAUGCUCAUUACGUCAUAUUGGAGCUAUAUGCCCAAGGGAAUGUUAUCCUUACCGAUUCUGAAUUUAUGGUCUUGACUCUUUUACGCUCACACAGGGAUGAUGAUAAAGGAUUUGCAAUCAUGUCUCGUCAUCGUUAUCCUGUUGAAAUCUGCCGCAAUUUUGAGAGGACUUCCAUUACAAAAUUGCAGGAAGCAAUUUUAUCAUUGAAUGAAGCUGACAAUAAUAAUUCUUCAUUGGGUAAUGUAAGUGAAAAUGCUUACCCUGUUUCAUCAAAAGGAAAACAAGAUAGCAAAAUUGAGAAGACUUCUGUGAUCAGUAAAAAUGCACCUAAUGGUGCCCGUUCUAAGCAAGCAACUUUGAAGGCUUUUCUUGGAGAAGCAUUGGGUUAUGGUCCUGGGUUGUCUGAACAUAUCAUUAUGGAUGCUGGUCUGGUCCCUAGUGCAAAACUUGGUAAAGACUUUAAACUAGAUGACAAUGCACUUAAGAUUCUUGCUCAAGCCAUUGAAAAGUUUGAGGAUUGGCUAGAAGAUGUGAUAUCUGGUAGUACUAAUCCCGAGGGCUAUAUCAUAAUGCAGUCACAGAGCUCAAGUAAGAAGGUUAAUACCACUUCAGACUCUGGAUCUCUUGGGCAGAUCUAUGAUGAGUUUUGCCCUUUAUUACUGAACCAGUUUAAGUCCAGGGAAUUUGCCAGUUUUGGGACGUUUGAUGAAGCAUUAGAUGAGUUCUAUAGUAAAAUAGAGAGUCAACGUGCUGAACAGCAACAGAAAGCAAAAGAGGGUUCUGCAGUGCAGAAACUUAAUAAAAUUCGUACAGAUCAAGAGAACCGUGUGGAGGUGCUGAAGAAAGAAGUUGACCGGAGUGUUAAAACGGCAGAACUAAUAGAGUAUAAUUUAGAAGACGUUGAUGCUGCUAUAAUGGCUGUUCGUGUUGCUCUUGCAAAUGGUAUGAAUUGGGAAGAUCUAGCUCGUAUGGUGAAAGAAGAGAAGAAGUCGGGAAAUCCUGUAGCUGCCCUCAUUGACAAACUCCAUCUUGAAAGAAACUGCAUAACACUUCUUUUGAGCAACAACCUUGAUGAUAUGGAUGAAGAUGAGAAGACACAGCCUGUAGAUAAGGUGGAAGUUGAUCUGGCCCAAUCUGCACAUGCAAAUGCUCGGAGAUGGUAUGACCUUAAGAAAAAGCAAGAAAGUAAACAGGACAAAACAGUUACAGCUCACGAAAAAGCCUUUAAAGCUGCUGAGAAGAAGACUCGUUUUCAGCUCUCACAGGAGAAAGCUGUUGCUACAAUCUCCCAUAUGCGUAAAGUUCAUUGGUUUGAGAAAUUUAAUUGGUUCAUUAGCAGUGAGAAUUAUUUGGUGGUCAGUGGACGAGAUGCUCAACAGAAUGAGAUGAUUGUUAAACGUUAUAUGUCCAAAGGAGAUCUAUAUAUUCAUGCGGAUCUUCAUGGAGCUUCGAGUACUGUGAUAAAGAAUCACAAACCAGAAAAUCCCAUACCACCUCUUACUUUGAACCAAGCAGGAUGUUUUACUGUUUGCCACAGCGCGGCAUGGAAUUCCAAGAUUGUCACAAGCGCUUGGUGGGUAUAUCCCCACCAGGUCAGUAAAACUGCUCCAACGGGUGAAUAUUUAACAGUUGGAAGCUUCAUGAUCCGAGGGAAGAAAAACUUUCUUCCUCCACAACCUCUUGUUAUGGGGUUUGGAAUCUUAUUCCGCCUGGAUGAGAGCUCCUUGGGAUCUCAUUUAAAUGAAAGGAAAGUAAGAGGUGAGGAGGAGGAAGGGGCAAUUGAUGUUGAAGAAAGUGAGCCCUUGGAGCAAAUGUCUGAUUCAGAAUCAGAGAAUGAUAACUCUAAUGGAAAACCAGCAUCAGAGCUAGAAAGUGUGAUGCCCAAUACAUCAGAUUCUGGUGAAGCAAUAUCACAUGCUUCAUAUUUGGAGGCCAACUCAUUUGAAAUUCCUGUAGUACAAGUUCCUACUUCCUUGAAAAGUGAUGAUAAUCAAAACAUAUCUGAAAACUCUGGAAAUACCAUUGAUUAUGUUCAUAAAGACCUAGAGGAUCUCAUGGAUAGAGCUCUUGAACUUGGACCAGCCUCUUCAAACACUAAAGAUCAUGUACUCCAUUCUCCUCGAGUAGACUUGGGAGAUGAGCAGAUUCAGGAAGAGAACAAGCAAUCUUUAAGAGAGAAACCUUACGUCUCAAAAGCUGAAAGAAGAAAGUUAAAGAAAGGACCGAAAAAUGAUUUCGUGGAUGCAGCAAUUGUCAAAUCUCAAAGAGCCAAGGAAGAUAAUCUUAAAACUGACCAACUUAAUAAAAAUGCUGACAAUCUGAAGCCGGGUGGGACUGGAAAAAUUAGCCGUGGUCAAAGGAAUAAGCUCAAGAAAAUUAAGGAAAAAUAUGCAGAUCAAGACGAGGAAGAAAGAAGUAUCCGUAUGGCAUUAUUGGCUUCCACUGGGAAAGCACAAGUGAGUAAAGGUGACCCACUUAUUGAAAAUGCAACUGCAGAAAAGACCACCAAACCGUCAGUUGUGGCAGAGGAGUUAGAUGCACCCAAGAUAUGUUACAAGUGUAAAAAGGCAGGUCAUUUAUCCCGUGAUUGUCAAGACCAGCCAGAGAAUGCAUCACAAGAUCAUAAAAAUGUUUCUGCAACCAGAGCUAGAUCAGAUGAUGCUAAUAAUGAGAUGAUGGACAAGGUAGAGAUGGAUGAGGAUGACAUCAAUGAGAUAGGUGAAGAAGAAAAAGAGAAACUGAACGAUGUCGAUUAUUUGACUGGUAUCCCGCUUCCCAAUGAUAUCCUUUUAUACGCUGUCCCCGUGUGUGGUCCUUACAACGCUCUGCAACAAUACAAAUAUCGCGUGAAGAUAAUUCCCGGGACUGCAAAGAGAGGAAAAGGUGCGAAAACAGCGAUGAACUUGUUCAGUCACAUGGGUGAAGCAACACAGAGAGAAAAGGAGUUGAUGAAGGCAUGCACGGAUCCAGAACUUGUAGCUGCCAUUAUAGGAAACGUGAAAAUAACUGCUUCGGGUCUUACGCAGUUGAAGCAAAAGCAGAAGAAAGGCAAGAAAUCAAACAAACAGAAUGGUGGUGCUUAGCUAGGCCUAAAAUAGACCAUCAGGUAGUUAUGGUGUUGUCUGGUUAAAUUUUUUUACUAAAAUCUUUGAGUUGUAAACUGUGUUAGGAUGAAAUUUUGUGAUACAUAAUAGAUUGAUGUUAUAUUUUCUGUUGUUUUCUAUUGAACUCAGCCUCGAAAAAUACUCGGCUUCACCGGAAUUUAACAUUUUGGCAUGGUGUAUGAGUUUAUAUUAUUGAACACUGUUAUUUUUAUUCUUUUGAAUUU